AUAAACUGUUUAAGACGCACGCACGUGUUUACUUCUAGCAUUAUUUUGUAUUUCGAAGCAGAAUUUAACGUGAAACAUAAGUAAGAAAGAUGGUGAAGUUGCAAAAAUCUUUAACAAAACCUUUAGAUAUAAUCGAGAAAAGGAAAACAAAGUUACCGGCACCACCACUUGCAGGCAUCUCAAAGUCAAACAAAAAAGAAAAAGCAGUUACUGUACUGGAAAAGUCAGUGAARUCCAAAAAAGAAAAGUUAGCAAAAGCAAUUAUUAAAGAUAUCGAAGUUGUGGCGCCUUUGAAAAAAGAAAAGAAAGACAAAUUAAAUAAAGUUGAAAAGAAGAUUCCGAGCGAACCAAACAAGAAAAAAUCCAAGACGUCUGGAAAGAAGGUGGAGCAGACUCCGAAACGUCCUUUGGUACUAGCACCGGCAGAAUCACCUCAAGUUCCAAAAUUAGUUGCGGCCAAGUUGGAAAAGAAGUCGAAGGAUAAAAAGCCCAAAGUUCAUAAGAAAAAGAACAAAAAAGUUAACCCAACUAACGUUGARCCAGCAACCCCUUUAACAAAUUUGCAAAAGAAAAAAGCUGCCAAACGAGCCUACAAAAAAGAACAAAUUAAGAAGAGGCGCGAAAAUAAAUCGGCAAAAACCAAAAAAGCUCCAACAAAACGUCUAUUUAAGGCACCACCAUUUGAUGAGGAAAAAUUCAAUGCAAUUGUAUGUGCAGAUAAUGUGAAGAAAAUAGCAAAGGGCCUGAAAAAGCAGGUAGAAAAGGAAGUCUCUGAAAAGAAAACCGCCAUUUUUAGUGAUUUUCAAUACUUCCUAAAUGUCUCCUGCUUUAAAAUACCUAAUGUUCCAAAACGUAUUGUAAAGCUCAAUUUAAAACAUUCGUUGGUUGAUAAAGAUGAUGAUGUUGCUAUCAUUGUGUCUGAUUUACAACGUGGAUCUAAAGUUGAUUAUGAACCAACAAUUCAACAUUAUGAAGAUAUCUUCCGCGAAGCCGGUAUUGAAGGACUGACAAUCAUACCAUUUAAUAAACUUAGGAAUGAAUGCAAUACUUUUGAAACUGUGCGCAAAUUUGGAAAUACCUAUGAUUAUUUUCUAUGCGAUGGGCGUUUAGUAGGACACGCAUCUGGUUUUUGCGGAAAGGUCUUCCAAAAACCGCGUACAACAUUCCAUUCAGUACGUAUGGAUAAUCAAAAGAAUUUAAAACGAGAAAUUGAGAAAUCGUUAUGUCGUACUGCUUACAAACAACUGGACAAGGGUGAUCUCAUAUCAAUACCAAUCGGUACUCACAAGUUCACAGAAGAUCAGUUGGUUGAGAAUAUUAUGCAUGUAAYGGAGCAGUUGAAGAAUACUUACCCCGGUGGCUUGGCCAAUAUCCGUGGCAUAUAUCUUAAAAUAAGUAUCGCUGGUACGUCAUCAUUGCCACUAUUCCUCAGUGUUGCAGAGCCACCUGCGGAGAUYCCUUAUGUUGUCGGACCACGUGAGCAGCGUAUGCUGAAAUUGAAACGUGAAGCUAACGAGGUUUUGUCUAAAUUCAAUAUGACAAAAGAAGGAAACUUGUUGAAACUAUCAAAAACUGAUGUGGAACGCAAACGUAAAUUGAAGGAAAUGCGAGCAGUAGUAAACGCUGAAACAAAUACGACUGAAGAAAAUAAGCAUGAUAAGGCCAAUGGCAAACAAGCUGUUGUGCCAGCAAAGAAGGCUAAAACUGAGAAAAGUGUUAUAGCUUCUGAUAAAAGUGAAAAAAGUAAGUCUAAAGAUGAAGAACCUAAGGUAGAAGAGCAAGGCGACGAAGACGAGGAUGAUGGCGAAGCAGAGCAGGAAGAUGAGGAUGAGAAUGAUAGUGGUGAAGAUGAGGAUGUGGAGGAAGAUGAUAGUGGGGAAGAGGAAGAUGGCGAUGAUGAUGAUGACGACGACGAUGACGGUGAUGAUGAUGAAGAUGAUGCUGAUGAAGAUGAUGCAGAAGAUGAAGACGGCGCGGGGGAUGAUGAUAAGGAUGAGGAUGAUAGUGAAGAAGAAGAUGAUGAAUAAUUACAAUAGUAAUUUUACCAUAAGUCUGGUUUUUUUAAUUUAAAUCUUUUAUUAUAUAAAAAACACAUUGAAUGCAUUGGAUUAUAAGAAUAAAAUAUCUUGAAAUACUUGCGAUAUUUAAUCUUUAUGCAGUAGAUUUUACGACCAACUAAUUAUUAAUAUUUUUAUGCAUCUUAAAUGGGUGUUGGUUCUGAAUAACACUAGCUAUAACUUUUUUUAUUAAGUAAAUCAUUAUUUUAUAAGCUGUGUCACCCUAUUAUGAAUGUUCAGAGACAAAUGACACAUUGAGAAUUAUUGAAACGUCAAAUUGGACACACAGUACGGCAGCAUGAAUUUUUGUUCUGAGUGUGUUUUUCUUUUAUCCCGUCUCGUCGAUUUCAUUUUAAACAAAUACUUAAGGAAAUAAUAAAUAUUUGCAACUGAGGUAGAAAUUAUUAUCGUAACGGAUUAUAAUUGUGUCUAUAGUUCUUUCGWAAAGGCAAAAUAUGUAAAACAUCAUAAAUUAACUGUGAUUUGCAUGCAAUUUCGUUGGCGUGAAAAAAAAAAUUAACGUAACAAUAGUUCUUGCUUUGACUUCAAGGCGAUGUGUUAUUUAUUGCAUUCGUAAAGGAAUUGUACCGCGGCCAUUUGAUAGGUUAGCAAAUUGCUGAAUCCUAUAAUCUAAUAAAGGCUGAAAACGAACUUAUUUCAUUUGUAUUAGGGGCUCUAGUGAUCGCGCCGCGAUAUGUGGAUCUGUGCCCACUGUGUUUACAUAAAUCUGAUUCCAUUAAAAUUCAAUUGGUGCAAAUAGUGU